UCGAGAGGGGAGGUUGUGUCCGCUCCGACACGCGGCCCUCGAUCACUGGCGUCUUAUAAUUUCGUGAUUAAUCAUUAUCUUCUCACUCUGUUUAUCGUCAUCUGUCUCCUAUUCCCCUAUUUGAAGGAUUUAGUGAGGUGGGGAAGUGAGAAUUCCCACCGUUUCGAAAGGAUGAAACACGUGCAUUUCUGAGAAUUUCUUGUGUCGAGAAAGAAAAAAAAACAUCCCUUUCGAAAUCUUUUCUUUUAAAUAGACCUACCCAUUUGGACAUCCCAAAUCACCGGAAACAAAAGGGGCACUCAAAUACCCUACCCCCCUCCCUCCUGAACAAGGAUGUGACAUCGCCAUCGCAGUAGGAUUCAGCCGUUCAGCAUCCUUCGCAUCUCAAGACAAUCCCAAAUACUCUCCUUCGUCCUCUUCGCGCCAACUCCGCCGUGGGAAUCAGCUGAUGUCGUGACGUAGGAGGAAAUGCAUGUCACGUGACCGUCUCUUACUGGUUCUCCGGUGACGUCACGACUAUAUUUUCCUCUUCUUUAUAUUUGAGUCUCUCUCUAUAUAUAUAUAUCUGUCUGUCUGUCUGUCUAUCUAUGUAUCUAUUUGUCUGACUGUUUUCUCUCUCUCUCUUCCAUUAUCUCUCCUAUCUCUUCUCUCCUCUCUUCUCUCUCCUCUCUCUCUCUCUCUCUCUCUCUCUCUCUCUCUCUCUCUCUCUCUCUCUCGCUCUCGCUCUCGCUCUCGCUCUCUCUCUCUCUCUCUCUCUCUCUCUCUCUCUCUCUCUCUCUCUCUCUCUCUCUCUCUCUCUCUCUCUCUCUCUCUCUCUUUAUCAGUCUAUCAUUUUUUCUCCCAUUAUCCCUUCUCCCCGUCCCCUCUUUCUCCCUCAUUUCCUCCCUCUCUUUCCCUCCCCUCCCCUCCCCUAUCUCUCUCCCCAUUUCUAUCUCCCUCGUCUCUCUCUUUCAUCUCAGCUCUCUCUCUCUCUCCUCUCAUCUCUCUCUCUCCCAUCUCAUCUUUCUUUCACUCAUCUCUCUCUCUCUUUCAUCUCAUCUCUCUCUCUCUCAUCCCAUCUUUCUUUCACUCAUCUCUCUCUCUCUCAUCUCCCCCCCCCUUCCUUGACCCCUACCUGGCACCUGUAUACCCGAAGACGCCCCCCGCUGGCACUCUCUCCAGGCACCCUCACGCGGCACCAUGACAGUGACUUACACGCACGAGGUCGCCGAUUGCAAAGGAUUCGGAAACUUCUGGCGACUCCUCUUCAGAUGGCGAGGAAGCGUGUACAAGCUCGUGUGGCCUGAACUGAUCACUUACUUGCUAAUGUACGCUCUGUGCUCGACCCUGUACAGAGUUGUCUUAGAUGAACAAGGCCGCAGGACCUUCGAGCAAGUGUCCCUCUUCUGCCACCACUUCAGCGACCUCAUCCCCGUGUCCUUCGUGCUGGGCUUCUACGUGAGCAUCGUCCUGCAGAGGUGGUGGGCGCAGUACGAGAGUCUGCCGUGGCCGGAUUCCCUCGCCCUCAUCGUGUCCACGUCCAUACACGGCCAUGAUAACAGAGGCCGACUCAUGCGCAGAACGAUCAUGCGUUACGUCAACUUAACGUUUACGCUGACGUUGACGAUGAUCACACCAAGAGCUAAGAAACGUUUCCCGACCCUGGAUCAUUUGGUUGAUUCUGGCCUCAUGACCGCGGGCGAGCGCAAAAUCCUGGAGGCCAUCCAGGACAAGGCGCCCCACCCGAUCUACUACCUCCCCCUCGUGUGGGCGGGGGGGGUGGUGUCCAGGGCGAGGAAGGAGGGCCGGAUCAGGGACGACUUCGCCCUCAAGACGAUCAUCGACGAGAUAAACCGCCUCCGUGGACUUUGCGGGGGGCUGCUGAGCUACGACUGGAUCAGCAUCCCCUUGGUGUACACGCAGGUCGUGACUCUGGCCGUCUACUCCUUCUUUCUGGCAACACUGAUGGGCCGCCAGUUCCUUGACCCGGCCAUGAAAUACCCCAACAACCACAUCGAUUUUUACUUCCCCGUCUUCACCCUGCUGCAGUUUUUCUUCUACAUGGGUUGGCUGAAGGUGGCCGAGACACUGGUCAACCCUUUCGGCGAGGAUGACGACGAUUUUGAGGUCAACUGGCUCAUUGAUCGGAAUAUUCAGGUCUCCUUCCUGAUCGUGGACGAGAUGCACAACGAACACCCGGAACUCGUCCAAGACAUGUACUGGGACGACGUUUACCCUCAGGAGCUGCCUUACACUUUCGCCUCCGAGCAGUACCGCCGCGAGCCGCCCAUGGGGAGCACCGCCAACUUCGAGAUUCCCGAAGCCGAGCAGGAGAUCCUUCCCGUGCUCGACGAGGAACCCGAGGAGAAGGGAGAUGAUCCAGAAGCAGGUAAAGGGACGCCCACCUACAAGAGACGCGGCUCGCUUCGGUCCCUGGGUUCCUCUCUGCACUCGGCAAGGAAGAGCUCGAUUCUCAAUUUCUUCCACCAGCGGUUCCACAGACCUGAGAUGCCCAGUCGGACAGGCAGCAGCUCCCGGGGGUUGAAUAGGUCGGCUUCCAGGACCUCAGGCAACUCUGGAUUUACGGCGAGCAGGUUUAAUGUCGCCAGGAAUAAUACCAACGCCUCGUCACUGCAGAGCGAGGCGUACGGCCUGUCCCACGAGUCCCUGAACGUGGACAGCCGCAACAGCCCGCGCGCGCACCACCUCGGCCGCCACGUGUCGCAGGACGAGGACGGCGCCAUCCUCAUCAAGAUCAAGAGGAGGGACAAGGAUGGCAAGGAACUGUCGGGCUCAACAGAGGAGCUGGUGAAGGCCGAGCCGGCGGACGAGGAGGACGGCGAGGACAGGGCCAAGAAGAGGCUGGCGUGGAAGAGGGAGGGGGGGGCGCAGGCCGCGGAGGUGCGCUUCCGGUCGCAGAUCUCCACUACAUCAGGCAUUUCGGACGCGUUGUCGGAAAACAGCCAAUUGAGAAGCGACACGAGUCAGUGUUCUAUUCUCACCUCUAUUUUCCAAGAUCAGGAAGAGAAUGCGGAGAAUGAGGAAGAUGGUGAUGAUGGAGAAGAGGAGGAGGAGGAGAAUAAUGAUGGGGAGAAGCAGAGGAGACGGAGAGAACCUUCGGGAAACAGCAACGUCUCCGGUCGAUCAGGAACAAGACGCCAGUCAGGUAACCGCCGCGCCAUCCCCGCCUUCAGGUACAGCCGAGUGUCCGACGAUGACGACACCAAACGAUGACGUCAUACGGGCAUUCCAACUCCGUCAGCUGACAAAAAAAACAAAAGCAAAUCGUCGGUUGCCAUGACUGUCCGUUACUGGGUUGUUUACGUACAAACAAUUUGAAUAUUUAAAUGAUUUUUUUUUCUUUUUUUUUCUCUCUUUUUUCUUUUUAUUUUUUAUUUUUUUGCUAGAGGUAGAUUUACAAGUAGAUACAAACGAGGCACACUUUAGCGUAGAUGAUAGAUUUGUGCACAAAAGCUUCAGAUAAAAGUGACAGGUAUUACCAAAUAGAUUUACUAACAAUGCAUUUUUUUAAAGAUAUGUAUUAGUUUUCAUUUUUUAAGAAGGAAGUAGAACCUCUUUUUUCGGUUUUGUAAAACGUAUUCACACACGCACACGCACGCACAUGCAUAUGCACACGCACACGCACAUGCACACGCACACAGACACGCACACAGGCACACAAACAAACGCACGCGCGCACGCGCGCACGCACACACACACAC